AAGCAUUAUUCUGCGACACAAGCUUCCGGUGUGAUCCACGUUCGUUGCUCACCCGCUCUGGAUUUAGUUUGAGCGUAAAUUGUGGACGCCACUUUUCUCCAUAACUGGUCGAAAAUCGGAAUUGACCUUUUUACUGAAGGAGGAGGAAGCAACAAGCCGCCAAGAUGCCGCGAAUUAUGAUAAAAGGAGGCGUCUGGCGCAACACGGAGGAUGAGAUCCUCAAGGCAGCGGUGAUGAAAUAUGGGAAAAACCAGUGGUCUCGAAUCGCCUCUCUGCUGCACCGAAAGUCUGCCAAACAGUGCAAAGCCAGAUGGUACGAAUGGUUGGAUCCCAGCAUCAAGAAAACCGAAUGGUCCAGAGAAGAGGAGGAGAAGCUGCUCCAUUUGGCCAAGCUGAUGCCCACCCAGUGGAGGACCAUUGCUCCCAUCAUUGGACGCACUGCUGCCCAGUGCCUGGAGCACUAUGAAUACCUGCUCGACAAGGCGGCACAAAGAGAUAAUGAGGAAGAAGUGGGCGAUGACCCCAGGAAGUUAAAACCAGGAGAGAUCGACCCUAAUCCUGAAACUAAACCAGCCAGGCCCGACCCUGUGGACAUGGACGAAGAUGAGCUGGAGAUGCUGUCGGAGGCCAGAGCUCGACUGGCCAACACCCAGGGCAAGAAAGCCAAGAGGAAGGCCAGAGAGAAACAGCUGGAGGAAGCCAGGCGUUUGGCCGCUCUGCAGAAGCGCAGAGAGCUGAGAGCGGCCGGGAUCGACGUUCAGAAGAAGAGGAAGAAGAAGAGAGGAGUCGACUACAAUGCUGAAAUCCCCUUCCAGAAGAAACCCGCUCCGGGUUUCUAUGACACCAGCAUGGAGGAGUACAACGCUCUGGAGCCCAACUUCAAACGGCUCAGACAGCAGCACCUGGAAGGAGAGCUGCGCAAUGAGCAAGAGGAGAGAGACCGAAAGAAGGAUCGGCAGAAGAUCAAGAAGAAGAAGGAGAGCGACCUCCCGUCUGCCAUCCUGCAGACCAGCGGAGUGGCCGAGUUCACCAAGAAACGCUCCAAGCUGGUUUUACCGACCCCGCAGAUCAGUGACGUCGAGCUGGAGGAGGUGGUGAAAUUGGGCGUAGCCAGCGAGGUCGCCCGUCAGGCCGCGGAGGAGAGCGAGAGCGGCAACUCUGCCUCCUCCGCCCUCCUGUCGGAGUACAGCGUCACCAACACCAUGAACGCGGGGCUGCGCACCCCGCGCACCCCCACGGUGCAGGACCGGAUACUGCAGGAAGCCCAGAACCUGAUGGCUCUGACCAACAUCGACACCCCCCUAAAGGGAGGCCUCAACACUCCGCUGACCGAGAGCGACUUCAGCGGCGUGACGCCUCAGCGGCAGCAGAUCCAGACUCCCAACACGGUCCUCAGCACGCCGUUCAGAACACCGGGGCAGGGUCAAGGGCAGGAGGGCAUGACCCCGCAGCCCGGAGGAGUUAUGACACCGCGCGGGCCCGUGACCCCGGGUUUGACCCCCCUCCGCACGCCGCUGAGAGACAAACUGAAUAUUAACAGCGAGGAGCAACUGGCCGACCCGGCGUUCUCCAAACACAUGCAAAGGGAGAGCCUGCAGCAGCUGAGGCAGGGCCUGUCGUCACUUCCUGUUCCCAAGAACGACUUUGAGAUCGUUCUUCCCGAAAACGCAGAGAAGGAACUCGAAGAAACGGAAGCGGAGACGGGAUUCAUAGAGGACUCCGCCGACAUCGAGUUACGCAAAAAAGCUAUACGGGAUGCAGAGCGAGAGAAGGAGCUAAAGCUGCGACACACGUCGGUUCAGAGGAGCCUCCCCAGACCCACAGAGGUCAACGAGUCUGUCCUGCGUCCGGCCUCCAUGGAGCAGCUGCUGGACCUGCAGCUGGCCGAGGAGCUGAUCAAACAGGAAAUGAUCACCAUGCUGCACCACGACUGCCUGCACCACCCGGUGGCCAACGCCGCCAGCCAACUGCAGCGCGGCAAGACCAGAGGCCCCGCCUCCACGUCCAACAACGCGUCGCACAUAGCGUACCUGGAAACGCAUCUCUACAAGCCGGUCAGCACGGAGGACAUGGAGCAGGCGAAGACGAUGCUGGCAGCAGAGAUGGAGGUGGUGAAGGGCGGAAUGGGCCACGGUGAUCUCAGCAUGGAGGCCUACAGCCAGGUGUGGGAGGAAUGCUACGGACAGGUUUUGUAUCUUCCCGCUCAGAACCGGUACACCAGGGCCAACCUGGCGUCAAAGAAAGACCGAAUUGAAAGUCUGGAGAAAAAACUUGACGUGAACCGCGGCCACAUGACAGCAGAGGCUCGUAGAGCUGCUAAACUGGAGAAGAAACUGAAAAUCCUCCUGGGCGGGUUUCAGUCCAGAGCCCUGGGGCUCCUGAAGCAGCACGGAGAACUCUGGGAGCAGGUGGAGCAGGCAGCCACAGAGCUGGAGACCUUCAAACAGCUGAAGAAACAAGAGGACACUGCGAUCCCCAGGAGGAAAGAGGCUCUCCGGGAGGACGUGGAGAGGCAGAUGGACCGUGAGCGAGAACUCCAGCAGAGAUAUGCGGAGAUCACGAUGGAGAGGGAGGCCAUGGUCAACAGCGCCCAGAAAUACUAACUCACACACUUAAAUACUCCUCAUGCAAACGGAGAGAUCAAGCAGCUGCAUCUAGAAACCAACAUCGAUAAACAAAAACCUUCUCGCUCUGAGUCGUCGUAUUAAAUCUGUCCUGCUUUUUUUUUUUUCAAUAUUUGUGUAAAUUUCAGAGCUAUGUCCCGCCUCCUUGUUGCUAUGACAUCACAAGCUGAGUCGAGCAUGCUCAGUAGUACCUUGUAUUUCUGUAUUAGUGACCAAUAAAGUUUUUUUUCCAAACUGUG